UCAUGUGAUUGGCUGCAGUAUUGGAAAAAAAAUCGAAUGAAAUGCUGAGCUAUAAAUAAAGAAGAAGAAAUGUAUGUAACCUAACAUUGUCAAAUUCAAGUGGUAAAAUUAGGUUCAAAAAUGUUUAAGUUUGUACCAUCUAAAGUAUUAAAAAAUGUAAUCAGUCGACAACUAAGUAAACAAAUACAAAACACAAACGUGAAACCGCUUGAAGGUAUAAAACCAGAACUGAUAUUAACUAGAAAAUGCACUGAUAGGUUAAAAGAAAUAAUCAAGGAUAUGCCAACAGGUUUUUUAAGACUUUCUGUGGAUGGUGGUGGUUGUUCUGGGUUUCAAUACAACUUUGAUUUGGACACCAAAAUUAACGCGGAUGAUAAAAUUUUUGAAAGAAAUGGUGUCCGGGUAAUAAUAGAUGAAACGUCUCUUGAAUAUGUUAAAGGUUCAACCAUUGACUAUCAAGAAGAACUUAUACGUUCCUCUUUUAAAGUUGUUAAUAAUCCACUAGCUGAACAAGGAUGCUCAUGUGGUGCAUCAUUUGCAAUUCGACUGGAUUAGAAUAAUUAAUAAAUGAUUUAAUAAUUGAAAUCUGUAUAUAUUUAAUAUUGGAAUUCUGGCAACUGGUUACAAAGAUAAUUUUUAAUAGUUUUAUUCUGGAUUUUUGGACUAUCAUAUGCCAAGUACCUUGAAA